AUGCUUUUCUCCAAGCCCGUCCUAGCCCUCGCCGGCCUCCUCUUCUCCACUGCCCUUGCAGCACCGCAGUACCCGGAGACAGUCUAUCUAGUCAACUGUGGAACUUCGUACUCCGACAUGGAUUACUACGCUGAAGGCCACAGCAGCUUCGAUGACUCCUGGCCAGAUGAGCAAUGCAAAAUGUCCGGAAGUGGUACAACUUGGUGGGAGGGGGUGUCUCGCACCUGCAACUUUGCCGGCACGCCUUUCACGUCGCACAUUGACGCAAAUGCAGCUAGCAAGCCCGCCCACUCAAUCGUUGGAUGGGGCAAGAACAAGUACCACGAGUAUUCGUGCAGAAAGGAGCAGGACUAUCGCCACCUACUUGAUAGUGAUCAUUGGAGGGAGAAAGGUGUCAAUUUGCGACGAGAGAAGGAAGCGGAGAAUGGUGACGAGAGGAAUGUUGCGCUAUUGCUUGAAACCAACUAUCUACGCUCAUUAUCGCGUAACAAGGUCUGA